GCAUCGUGACUGUAAAAGCAAUUCCCGACUGAGGCGUCUCUGACGGGAGCGCAGACAAUUAUCCUGGCCGCGUAAAAUACGCUGUUGAUGGUGUAUUUAAAUGAUUUUAUAUAUCCGGAAUUUCAACACAACUCGCAGGCGUUUGACUGCUGAUUUUCGGUUGCAUUGUUGUGCUGGCUCUAGAAAUCGUACAUCUAUGGCCGAGGUCGGAGGCGCCGUGCCUGGGAAUGCCGUGCGCGCGCAUGCUAACGCCGCUGCAGAGAUCCGUUUGUCCACGGAGGGGAAGCGAUAAUCCGACUGUUUGUUGAUACGGCACGGAGGCAAGACGACAGUAAGGUACAUCCGAGUUUCGGGACGGGCAGCAGUCGAGCUGUCCAACAUUUAUCUACGUCGGCAUGAAAUAAAAGCGGAGAGGAGCCUGCUUUUUCGGCGAGCUUGCACCGUGACAGGCCAGAGACCGAUGGGAUUGCUCUCUAACAGCGCACCUAGAUGGGGAGACGGGAAGGGUGGACGGGAGUCGGCGUUGUGAAUUAUUAAAGACCCACCUCCGGCUAGAAGAAGGGGAAAAUGCAUCUCCACCAGGUGCUGACCGGCGCGGUAAAUCCCGGGGACAGCUGUUACUCGGUGGGAAGCGUCAGCGACAUCCCGUUUACGGCCUAUGGUUCUGGCUGUGACAUCGUCAUAUUGGCCAGCGACUUUGAGUGUGUACAGAUCGUCCCCGGAGCUCAGCAUGGGAAUAUCCAAGUGGGCUGUGUGGAGUGCUCUCACCAUCUGGGCAGAAUUGCCGCGUCCUACGGAAACACCGUGUGCAUCUUUGAGCCGCUGGCCACGGCCCUGAAUAAAAGGCACAGCCAACUAAACUAUCAGUGGCAAAAGACGGGGCAGUUUUUCCUAAAUGCCAUGACCUACAACUUGGCGUGGGACCCACAAGGUAACCGGAUCCUUGCUGCGACAGAAUGCCUGCAGCUGUGGGCCCCACCCACCAGUGACACCCUCCUGGAGGAGGAGGAUAGCCAGGUGGCGGAGGAGAAAAUGCACCCGGUGCUUAAUGACUGGAACUGUGUCUGGUACUGCAAGACGGCCGUGCCCGUGAACAUAAUGAAGUGGUCACCUGAUGGGGAGUACUUCGCUACCGCCGGAAAGGACGACUGCCUGUUGAAGGUGUGGUAUCCCACUACGGCCUGGAGGUCCGCCGUGGUGGUCCCGGACUUGCCCGACAGGAAGAUGGCUGCUGUCCACUUCUCUUUUGUGUACCUGGCUCACCCUCGUGCCGUCACGGGCUUGUCUUGGAGGAAGACGAGCAAGUUCAUGGCCAAGGGCUCGGUCUGCAACGUGCUGCUCACCUCGUGUCAGGACGGCAUCUGCCGCCUGUGGUCGGAGACGCUGCUUCCGGAGGACAGCCUGCUGGGGGGGCACAUCUCGGAGAACGCCACCAGCUUCAGCAGCAGCCUGCCCAACGCCGGGGGCCAGAAGGAUAAGAUCCAGCACGCUCUGGAGUCCAUCCACCACCUGAAACACCUACGCCGAGGCCGCAGAAGAUCCUCUGCCUUAGCAGCCCACACAGAGCUCCUGCCCAGCCAGCUAGGGUCGCACGAAGUCCACCGGCACAUCUCUCACCAUGCCAACGCUCUCUGCCACUUCCACAUCUCCGCGAGCAUCAAUCCCAACACUGACGUUCCAUCAGUGUUGGCCGGGUCGGCCUUCUCUGCCGAUGAGGCCAACGGUGGCUUUGUGGUCCAUUGGCUAAACAACAAGGACCUGAGCUUCACCACCUCCAUGGACCUCUUCAUGCAGCAGCUCCGGAAGGUGUCCGAGCAUCACCUGGAACAGGGCGCCUCCGAAGACAUGGAGCAGGACACCCCCCAGGCCAAGUUUGAUUUUGACCUCGAUGAGAUGUCCGACAAAGGUUCCUCUGAGCACGAGGAAGGGGAACUGGAUGGGAGCACCAAGGCUUCCUCACCUGGGUCCAGCAGUAGCGCUCCAUUACCUGCGGUGCUUCUGGACAGGAAGAUGGAGGCUCUCAAUCAGGAGUGGAACAAGAGUCCAGACAUGCUUUUCACCAUCCACCCUAUUGAUGGCUCCUUCCUGGUUUGGCAUGUUAAGUACCUGGAUGAGUACAUCCCUGGGAUUUUCAGGCAGGUCCAGGUGUCCUUCUCGUCCCGCAUUCCCGUGGCAUUUCCCACCGGUGACGCCAACUCCCUCAGCAAGAACAUCAUGAUGUAUGCCUGCACCUUCUCGGAGCUCGAGAGCAAUGGUGCACUGGACCAAAAUAGGCAGGCCAAACGCAUCCCCGGCGGUCCCUCCGCCACGGGCUGCUCCCCGGCCCCCAUCAUCGGGCCAGCCGUCAUGAUGGUGUCCAAGCACGUCGAUGGCUCCCUCAACCAGUGGGCAGUCACCUUCGCUGAGAGGUCGGCCUUUGCCUCAGUCAUGACCGUGUCGCACAAGUUCCGCUACUGUGGGCACCGAUUCCACCUGAACGACCAGGCGUGCCACACGGUGCUGCCCCUGCUGCUGACGUCUUCGCACCACAAUGCCCUGCGCACGCCCACCACAGACAGCUCCUGGGACUCCGAGAAAGAUCUGGACGUCCUUCCGGCCGUCAAGCCUGCGAAGGGUUUCCCCAGAAAACAGCUGAAGAAUGCGGCUACGCGCACUUUCCACGACCCUGACGCCAUCUACAGCGAGCUGAUACUGUGGCGCGUAGACCACAUCGGGCCGCUGUCCUGCACGGGCGGCGUGUCAGAGCUGGCCAGGAUCAACUCGCUUCAUACUUCCGCUUUCUCCAAUGUGGCCUGGCUGCCUACGCUCAUCCCCAGCACCGUCCUCGGCACCUACUGCAAUUCAGCGAGUGCCUGCUUUGUGGCCUCAGACGGGACCAAUCUAAGGCUCUACCAAGCCGUGGUAGACGCACGCAAGCUACUUGACGAGCUGUCGGAUCCCGAGACCUCCAAGCUCGUCGGCGAGGUGUUCAACAUUGUCAGCCAGCAGUCCACCGCCCGGCCCGGCUGCAUCAUUGAGCUUGACGCCAUCACCAAUCAGUGCGGGUCCAACACCCAGCUGCUGCACGUCUUCCAGGAGGAUUUCAUUCUGGGGUACAAGCCUCAUGACGAUGAUGCCCCUGACAUGUACCCAUGCUUUCCAUCGUCCAACGGAUACCUGCCCCCUCCUUUCUCAGAAAAGUUCUUCCUGGUGGUUAUCGAGAAGGACGAAAACCGUGACUCGGUGCUACAGAUGUGGCACCUGCAUCUGAAGUCCAUUCAGGCCUGCGUAGAAAACACCAAGCCCCAGACAUUCCAGAACCAGCUGAUGGUUCCCCAGCAGCAGGGCGUCAUGGACUCCUCUCCGGAGACAUCCCCUGGACAGAGUCCACUGCCCCGUUCCUCCUCUACUGCCAACCUGCAGUCCGCCAGCAAGCUGAUCCUGGACUCCAGGCUGGUGUACAGCCAGCGGCUGGACCUGCCCGCCGGGGUGGAGGUCAUCCGUACCACGCCCUCCGCAGGGCACCUCAGCUCCUCGUCGAUUUACCCGGUGUGUCUGGCUCCGUACCUGAUUGUGACCGCCUGCUCAGACAGCCGCGUACGCUUCUGGCGCUGUGUCCCAGAGGCGAGCCCAGCGGCAGGGGAGCCCGAGGCGAGCCGCACGUACCGCUGGGAACCCUGGCUGCUCCUGAACGAGGAGGAGGACGACGACAGCGCCGUGUGCGUAACUGGCCGCCCUGUGGCUGUCAGUUGCUCGUACACAGGCCGCCUGGCGGUGGCCUUCAAGCAGCGAAGCGAUGGCUGCGUACCCACAGAGUUCUCCAUGCACGUGUCCAUCUAUGAGUGUGAGUCCACGGGCGGCUCCGAGUGGGUGCUGGAGCAGACCAUCAACCUGGACGACUUUACCAGGGUAGGCAGCGUGUUGGGUCCCAAGGUCAGUGUGGACAGCAACCUGUUUGUGUACAGCAAGGCCGACCCGUACGCCUGCCGGGACAUCCUUCAGAGCCCGAAUAUCAAACACUUUGUCCACCUGGACUGGCUGUCAAAGGAAGACGGAUCCCACAUCCUUACGGUGGGCGUGGGCUCUAAUAUACUCAUGUACGGUCGCAUCUCGGGCAUCGUCAAUGAGCAGCCAAGCGGCAAGGAUGGCAUGGCCGUCAUCACACUGCCACUGGGCGGCAGCAUCAAGCAGGGCGUCAAGUCCCGGUGGGUGCUGCUUCGCUCCGUGGACCUGGUGUCCUCCGUGGACGGCACACCCUCGCUGCCCGUCUCUCUGUCCUGGGUGCGAGAUGGCAUCCUGGUUGUGGGCAUGGACUGUGAGAUGCAUGUCUAUGCCCAGUGGAGGCAAGACAAGAAGCCCAGCGAUGCAGAGGAAGACAGCCCGUCGGACAGCAUCUUCACCGGGCCCGAGGCCCGAUCCAGGUCCAGGAGCGUUGUGGAGGGCAGCGCGGGCAUUGACGAUGCUUUCCGGACGCCCGCCGUCAUCCAGGACGGGGGUCUUUUUGAGGCUGCCCACGCACUGUCUCCUACGCUGCCCCAGUACCACCCCACCCAGCUCCUGGAGCUGAUGGACCUCGGGAAAGUGCGUCGCGCCAAGGCCAUCUUGUCCCACCUCGUCAAGUGUAUCGCGGGGGAGGUGGCGGUGGUGAGGGACGUGGAGGCAGGAGAGGGCGGGACCAGACGCCACCUGUCCCGCACCAUCAGCGUCAGCGGCAGCACAGCCAAGGACAUCAUUCUUGCUGGCCGGGAGGGGGGGCGUGACUACACGGAGAUUAGUUCCAUUCCUCCGCUGCCCCUGUACGCCCUGCUCUCCGCCGACCUAGACACCUCCUAUAAGAGCGUCGAGGAGGCUGCCAAAGGUGCCAAGGGCUCCGACGGCGAUGCCCAGAAAGCACCCGAGGACCAAUACGCUGACCUGUUCCAGGUGCCUGCUGUCACCACCGAUGACUUUGUUAGUUUUGCAUCCGAGAAGAAGGAAAAGUCUAGGGUCAUCAACCUGUCCCAGUAUGGCCCAACCUACUUCGGGCCGGAACAUGCCCAGGUACUGUCCAGCCACCUGAUGCAUUCCAGCCUGCCGGGCCUCACCCCUCUGGAGCAGAUGUUCCUAGUGGGGCUGGCGGACACUGUGGCCACCACCAGCGCCGAAGUCAGCGGCACCUCGGACAAGCGGUAUGCCGGCGCCGAGGCCCUGGAUGAGUGCGGUCUGCGGUACCUGUUAGCCAUGCGGCUGCACACCUGCCUGCUGACGUCCCUCCCGCCUCUCUACAGGAUGCAGCUUCUACACCAAGGUCUGUCCACGUGCCACUUCGCCUGGGCCUUCCACUCGGAAGCGGAGGAGGAGCUCCUGAACAUGAUCCCUGCCAUGCAGAGGGGCGACCCCCAGUGGUCAGAGCUGCGCGCUGUGGGCGUGGGCUGGUGGAUUCGCAACAUCAACACCCUGCGCAGGAUGGUGGAGAAGGUGGGCAAGGCUGCAUUCCAGCGGAACAACGAUCCCUUGGACGCUGCUAUUUUUUACUUGGCCAUGAAGAAGAAGGCCGUCUUGUGGGGCUUGUUCAGGUCCCAGCACGAUGAGAAGAUGACCCAGUUCUUCAGUCACAACUUUGCGGAGGACCGGUGGCGAAAGGCGGCCCUGAAGAACGCCUUCUCACUGCUUGGCAAGCAGCGUUUCGAGCAGUCCGCCGCCUUCUUCCUUCUGGCCGGCUCACUGAAAGAUGCCAUUGAGGUUUGCCUGGAGAAGAUGGAGGAUAUCCAGCUGGCCAUGGUCGUAGCCCGUCUGUACGAGUCUGACUUCGAGAGUUCCUCAACCUGCAAGGGCAUUUUGUACGAGAGGGUCCUUGGCUGCCAGAGAGAUGGUUCUGGGUUCUCCUCCACCAAGCUACACCCCGACCCGUUUCUGCGAAGCAUAGCAUUCUGGAUCAUGAAGGACUACACAAGAGCCCUGGACACACUGCUGGAGCAGGUUCCAAAGGAGGGCGACGAAAACCAGGACGUGUUGGUGAAGUCCUGCAACCCUGUGGUCUUCAGCUUCUAUAACUACCUUCGCACGCAUCCUCUGCUGAUUCGGCGCCAUUUCGCCUCCCCCGAAGGCACCGUGGCCACUGUGGGCUUGACCUCCGAGAAGAGCGUCGUGGAUGAAAUCAACCUCAUUGAGCGGAAGCUGUUCUUCACCACAGCCAACGCCCAUUUCAAAGUGGGCUGCCCUGUGCUGGCCCUGGAAGUGCUCUCGAAAAUCCCCAAAGUGACCAAGAAGGCGGGGUCCUCCCUCAGUAAAGGAGCAUCCACGGUGAACGUCAGCUCUGCCCAGGCCAAGGAGAACGGCGGAAAAUCCAGCGAGGAGGACUGGUCUACGCCUGCUUCUGCAGCCCACGGCUUAGACUGGGGGAGCGGUCUCGAUACCUCGGCUAGCCUGGACUGGAGCCAGCCAUCGGCUGUGGUCGAGGAUAAGGGUCUGCAGUUGGAUUGGGGGGACGACAAGGAUGACGAGGAUGAGGAUGAGGAUGGCCUAAUGAUGAAGCCAAAGGCUGAGAAGAGCGCUGAUGAGUCCAAGGUGACGCAGGCGAUGAGGCCCCCCAGCCUUCAGCGGGAAGACUUAGCCGGGGAGUCUGAGGUGGAUGUUAUCGCGGAGCAGCUAAAGUUCCGAGCAUGCCUGAAGAUCCUGAUGACAGAGCUGCGGACUCUGGCCACAGGCUACGAGGUGGACGGCGGCAAGCUGCGCUUCCAGCUCUACAGCUGGCUGGAGAAGGAGAUUGGUGCCAUGCACCGUAUCUGCAACUAUAAGGUCGAGGCGUCCAGUGAGCUGGAGAAAGUGCGGGAGGGCGAGGGGGUGGAGCCCGAGGAGGCGGCGGAGCGGAUCGACGCGGGCGCCUACGAGCGCCACCAGCUGGAGCGACGCCGGCUGCAGGCUAAGCAGCAGCACGCCGAGAGACGCAAGGCCUGGCUGCAGAAGAACCAGGCGCUGCUCCGCAUCUUCCUCAGCUACUGCAGCCUGCACGGGGCCAAGGGCGGAGGAGUCACCUCCGUCAGGAUGGAGCUUUUGUUCCUGCUGCAGGAGUCCCAGCAGGAGACCACGGUGAAGCAGCUACAGUCGCCCCUGCCAUUGCCCACCACGCUGCCCCUGCUCUCGGCCAGCAUUGCUCCCACCAAGACGGUCAUCGCCAACCCCGUGCUGCACCUCUGCAACCACAUCCACGACAUCCUGUACACUGUGGCGCAGAUGGAUAUGCCUCCACACCCCGACGUCUCCGACGACCGGGUUAAUGCGCUGCACACCCUGGCGGCCUCCCUAUCUGCCUGCGUCUAUCAGGCACUGUGUGACAGCCACAGUUACAGCAGCCAGACGGAGGCCAACCAGUUCACGGGGAUGGUGUACCAGGGCCUGCUGCUGAGCGACAGGCGACGGCUUCGUACCGAGAGCAUUGAGGAGCACGCCACACCCAACUCUCCCCCCGCCCAGUGGCCGGGCGUGUCGUCCCUGAUCAACCUGCUGGCAUCAGCGCAGGGCGAAGAGCAGCCGCGGCUGAACGUGAUGCUCUGCGAGGCGGUGGUGGCUGUAUACCUCAGCCUGCUCAUUCACGGCCUGGGAACGCACUCGGCCAACGAGCUCUUCCGCCUGGCCGCGCACCCGCUCAACAACCGCAUGUGGGCUGCAGUCUUUGGGGGCGGAGCCAAACUCAUCAUCAAGCCCAAGAGGCCCCCGGACCCCGCCCCAGUCGCAGCGGUUCCUGACAUCGUGACCCCGGAUAACCGUAAAGUGCCCCCGCCCCCAGCGGAGGACGUGGACAAGCAACGGCGCAGGUUCAACAUGCGGAUGCUGGUCCCUGGUCGGCCCGUCAAGGAGACGCCCGCCACGCCGCCUCCGGUGCCGGCUGAGCGGCCCACUUACCGGGAGAAGUUCAUCCCUCCAGAGCUCAGCAUGUGGGAUUACUUUGUGGCUAAGCCCUUCCUGCCCCUGUCCGACAGCGGCGCUCUGUACGAUUCCGACGAAAGCGUGGCCAGCGACGACGAAGAUGACGACGCCUUCCUGUCCAACACGCAGAUGACGGAACACUCCGAUCCCAAUUCAUACAGUUGGGCCCUCAUCCGGUUGGUUAUGGUCAAGUUGGCUCUGCAUAACAUCAAGAGCUUCCUCCCACUAACAGGCCUGGAUUUCACAGAUUUGCCCGUGACGUCACCUUUGGUGAACGCGAUCCUGAAGACGCUGGAGAACUGGGAGCAGCUGCUUCUGGAGAGGAUGAAUAAGUUCGAUGGGCCUCCACCCAAUUACAUCAACACCUACCCGGCUGACAUCAGCGUGGGGGGCAGUCCGGCCGUCCUCCGGCACAAGGCCAUGCUGGAGCCCGAUAACACACCUUUUAAGACGAAACACCACUUAUCGUUUCCUGUAAGGCGUCUGUGGCACUUCUUGGUCAAACAGGAAAUCCUCCAGGAGAUUCUGAUCCGAUACAUCUUCACCAAGAAGCGGAAGCAGACUGAGUUUUUAGAAGACCAUGUGGACCAACUCACACAAAACUGCAUAACAGGAGGUCGAAAACCCAGCAAGGUGGAGGCAGAUCUCGGCUACCCUGGGGGCAAAGCUAAAGUUAUUCACAAAGAGUCUGACAUCAUCAUGGCGUUCGCUAUCAACAAGGCCAACACCAAUGAAAUCGUGCUGGCCUCCACUCACGACGUGCAGGAGGUAGACGUCUCCACCCUCUUGGCGGCCCAGCCCUUCACCUGGAUUGGGGAGGAGUUUGACAAAGAGUCCCGUAGCUCUGACGACCUGGAUUACCGCUCCUCCCACACCAACAUCGCCCAGGCCAGCUCGGCUCCCUUUGCCCCAGCUCAGGUGCCUGUCUCUUCCUCCAUGCCGUGGCUGGGCAGCGGCCAGACCAGCACCGGCGGCAGCGUGAUCAUGAAGAGGAACCUGAACAAUGUGAAACGGAUGACCUCGCACCCAAUCUAUCAGUACUACAUGACCGGCGCUCAGGAUGGCAGCGUGCGCAUGUUCGAGUGGAGUCGGCCCCAGCAGCUGCUGUGCUUCCGGCAGGCGGGAAACGCCAGGGUCACACGGCUCUACUUCAACUCCCAGGGUAACAAGUGUGGAGUCGCAGAUGGCGAAGGGUGUCUGAGUCUUUGGCAAGUCAACCAGACGUCUUCAAAUCCCAAACCUUAUUUGACCUGGCAGUGCCACUCCAAAGCCUGUGGUGACUUCGCCUUUAUAACCUCAUCCAGCCUCAUUGCCACCGCCGGCCAAUCCAACGACAACAGAAACGUGUGCUUGUGGGAUACUCUUAUCUCGCCCAGUAAUUCCUUGAUCCACGCAUUCCCCUGUCACGAGAACGGCGCCACAGUCCUGCAGUACGCCUCCAAGCAGCAGCUCAUCAUUUCCGGCGGACGGAAGGGCUUUAUCUGCAUCUUCGACAUCCGGCAGAGGCAUCUGCUCCACACCUUCCAGGCCCACGACUCGGCCAUCAAGGCCCUGGCCAUGGAUGCCACCGAGGACUACUUUGUCACGGGGUCGGCGGAGGGCAACAUGAAGGUGUGGAAGUUGACGGGUCACGGGCUGCUUCACUCCUUCAGCACGGAACACGCCAAGCAGUCCAUCUUCCGCAACAUCGGGGCCGGCGUCAUGAAGAUCGAGACGAGUCCCGGCAACCGCAUCUUCACCUGCGGCGCUGACGGCACGCUGAAGAUGCGCGUGCUGCCAGACCGAUACAACAUCCCGGCUAGUAUAUUUGAUAUCUUGUAAAUUGCAAACAAAGUGACAAUGACAGGAGUCUAAUGGGGUAAAACCUGGAAAAAGACACAUUCUGCAGCUGUGAUGUCUUAUCGCCUGCGGAUCGUAACAAAGUGAAGCUCACACUAAGUGUUUUUUCCCCACAGCCUAAACACUGAGGCUAUUACACUUGAUUUUAAAGAGGAAUUGCUGCAGUAAAAAUAAAAAAUUAAAAGCUGAAUUUGUUCCAAUCUCUCAUAGAGUGUAUUCAUAGGACAGCUAUGCAUGUACUGUAAUUGUAAAUGCGGUGCAAUCGCAGGUUAUUGAUAGUGCUGUAAAUGUACUCCAAGCAAAAAUGUAAAAAAAAAAGUGUGUAUCUGUCAUUUUGUGCCCACAGCGUCUGUUACCGGCACUGUGGUUCUGUUCAGUGGUUUCCAGUGUGAAUCGAGUUGUCGGAUCUUCAUUUUAUUUCGUUUUUAUUUAUUAUGUAUUUAUUUGCUGCUCAGGCUUCAGAGUUUAGAGGGGGGGGAAAAUGACAUGUGACCCCUUUACCCCUGUGGAGUAGCCGGUGGUUCUAAUCUAGAGACUGUCGUGUUCCUGCACUACCAGAGCUGCUGUCAUGGGGCUCCCAGGCGAGCGGCGCUGCUUUGUAAGAGCGCCCUCUACUGUAAGUCUGCCUCCUAUGUUUCAAAGGCAACAAGAGAGACACGUUUGUGUUCAUUUUGCUGCAAUAGAUUUUUUUUUUUUUUCCCUCUUUCCUCUGGUUCAUUUCCUUCCACUGUUUAUGUUUAACUUAUUUGGAUAUGCUGUGUGUUGCAUAGCUAAGUGGGACAGCGCAACAAUAUGUAGGCUGGAUGGCUUUUUUAUUUUUAUUUUUAAUUUAUCCAUAACGAAGGAACCUUUGCACUCAAAUCUUGGGACAUUAUAAAACUUUAUUUAAAAAUGCAAACUAUUACAGCAGAAACUGUUACAUUUGCAAAUGAAUGUCUGGCUCUCUUAGGCCAAGUAGUAAAUAAUUUGAAAUAGUUUUAAUAUACAUAUAUAAAUAUAUAUAAAGUACCAAGACAGCUUGUACAAACAUUAAAGCAUUUUCUUUAUUUUUAUUUGUAUCAUACCAGCUGAACUAGUUGUACUUUUUGGUUAAAUGUAUGGUACUUGUUGAACAGGUUUGUGUUUGUCGAGGACUGUUGGAAGCCGUGGCCCAAGCUGUGUUUAAUUGUUCAACCAAAAUGUUCUCUCCCUUCCUGUCUGUGUCGUGCACCUUGACCUCCUACUGCUCUCGCCCAUGGGGAAGAAUCGCACGAAAGUCGGGAGGACCUCAGUGGUCUCUGAACCUGCUGGUAGUUCUAUCACCAUAAAUGUUUUACCUUUGUAAGUUGAAUAAAUUCUUUUUAUCUCAUGAA